AUGCCUGAGGUGGCAGCUGCAGCUAAGGGUGGUGCGUCCCGCAGUGCCUCGAAGCAGUGGUUGCCUAAAGUCACCAAGGAGCUGCCCAAGAAGCGGAGGAAAUCUCGUAAGCAGAGCUAUUCCACUUGCAUGUACAGGGUGUUGACCCAGAUCCACCCUUCCACCAAGGCCAUGAAGGUUAUGAAUUCUUUUGUUGUUGACAUUUUCAAGUGCAUCACCUUUGAGGCCUUGCACCUCAUUCUCUACCACAAGCACCACACCAUCUCAGCCAGGGAGAUCCAGAGUGCCAUCCACCUCGUGCUGCCAAGGGAACUGGUCAAACACACCGUCUCUGAAGGCACAAGAACGGUCACCAAAUACACCAACUCCAUUUAG